CUCAAGAUGGAUACCCGGGAUGCUGCAGGAAAGGCAAACCGGUGGUUUGGGGUGACUCCUGCCAAGUCCAAGGUAAACAUGAACAUCCUUCAUCAGGAAGAGCUCAUUGCGCAAAAGAAGCGGGAGAUCGAGGCCCGGAUGGAGCAGAAGGCCAAGCAGAGCCAGGUGGCCAAUCCUCAGCCCCCACAGCUCGGAGACAUGAAUGCCUCCAACAAGUUCGCCAACGACGGCAGCUUCCUGCAGCAGUUCCUGAAGCUCCAGGAGGCCAAGGGCAGCACGGAUGCACCCUCCACUGCGCCCAGCGCGCCCCUGCGCAUGCCCCUUCGCACCGGGCGGAGGCCCCCCCUACUCAGCAGCCCCCCUGGCCCGGUACGGACCUAUGCACACGCCAAGCAGCUACCUGUGGCCCGGCGCCCCAGCGUCUUCCAGGCCCCCGAUGAGGACGAGGAGGAGGACUAUGAGCAGUGGCUGGAGAUCAAAGUUUCACCCCCAGAGGGAGCCGAAACUCGGAAAGUGAUAGAGAAACUGGCCCGCUUUGUUGCGGAAGGAGGCCCCGAGCUGGAGGCACUGGCGAUGGAGAACCACAAGGACAACCCGGCCCUGGCGUUUUUGCAUGACAAGAACAGUCGGGAAUUCCUCUACUACAGGAAGAAAGUGGCUGAGAUGAAGAAGGAGAUGCAGAAGCUGCAGGCGGCUUCUCAGAAAGUUUCACCCCCAGAGGAUGAAGAGGCUAAGAACCUCGCAGAAAAGUUGGCCAGGUUCAUAGCGGACGGUGGGCCCGAGGUGGAGGCUGCCGCCUUGCGGAGCAACCGCGAGAACCAGGCCUUUCGAUUUCUGUACCAGCCGGACAGCCCCGUGUACAAGUACUUUCACCGGAAACUGGAGGAGUUCCGGAAGGCCAAGGCUGCCCUGCCUGCUGCCCCACCGGCCCCUGACGUUGGCCCGCUGUGCGGGUCCCCUCCUGAGGAGACCCCAUCCCCAUCCCAGUCAGGGUCCGCGCUCCCUGCUGCCAACUGCCCCACCUCACCCACUGCCACCACCUCCGGCAAGCCCGUGGCCGCCCCCACGGCCAAGAGGAAACGGAAGAGCCGCUGGGGGCCUGAGGAGGACAAGGUGGAGCUGCCACCCGCUGAGAUGGUGCCACGGGAUGGGGACGCCACGCCCUCGCCCCUAUCAGUCCAGGACCUCAAGGGGUUGGGCUACGAGAAAGGGAAGCCAGUGGGGCUGGUGGGCGUCACGGAGCUGUCGGACGCCCAGAAGAAGCAGCUGAAGGAGCAGCAGGAGAUGCAGCAGAUGUACGACAUGAUCAUGCAGCACAAGCGUGCAGUGCAGGACAUGCAGCUGCUGUGGGAGAAGGCGCUGCGCCAGCACCCGCACGGCUACGACAGUGACGAGGAGGUGGACAGCGAGCUGGGCACAUGGGAGCACCAGCUGCGGCGCAUGGAGAUGGAGCGGACGCGCCAGUGGGCCGAGCAGCUCACCACCAUGGGCCGAGGCAAGCACUUCAUCGGCGACUUCCUGCCGCCCGACGAGCUCGACAAGUUCAUGGAGACCUUCAAGGCCCUCAAGGAGGGCCGAGAGCCCGACUACUCCGAGUAUAAGGAGUUCAAGCUGACGGUGGAGAACAUCGGCUACCAGAUGCUUGUGAAGAUGGGCUGGAAGGAGGGCGAGGGGCUGGGCUCCGAGGGCCAGGGCAUCAAGAACCCCGUCAGCAAGGGCACCACCACCGUGGACGGCGCCGGCUUCGGCAUUGACCGGCCAGCCGAGCUGUCCAAGGAGGACGACGAGUACGAGGCCUUCCGGAAGCGCAUGAUGUUGGCCUACCGCUUCCGGCCCAACCCCCUGAACAAUCCCCGGCGGCCUUACUACUGAGCAGGGAGGUCGGAGGAAGGAAGGAUGGACGGACAGACAGACAGACAGACAGCUGUCUUCCCGAGACCAGACCACGCCUGGAUAGGGAUGCUCGGGCCGCCCACUGCCACCUGCGCCCCGUGUAUCAAGUGUCUUGCGUGUAUUAAAGUCCCCACAUGCA